AUGUUUGAAAGAGAAUUAGGUAAAGCUUUGCCUCCAAAUCGACACUCACAAAUGAUAUCCGCUUUUGUAAAGUUUACAGUUUUUGUUGGAGUCACUCUAGGCGCACCGGCUAUAAAAUGUCCGACCGGCUGGUUCGGCUCUAAGUGCCAGUAUAUGUGUCACUGCAUGCCAAAUACACCAUGCAGCGCUACGGGGGACUGUAAAUACGGAUGUGAAUACGGCUACUUUGGUCACAAGUGCCAGUAUGUGGAUUACUAUAUGCAUUUUGACCCACGUGUAAGAGUUAAUUUGACUGAUUGUGACUUCCACGAUAAAGUACACGUAGGGUAUUUUAACAACUAUUAUCUGUCGCACUUUACGUGGGCUCGAUUCAUUUAUAAAGGAAGAAACCUGGCUCUAAAACAGCAGGCAACAGACCCUAUCACAGUGGAUGGGGAUACAGGCAACUCCAAUUGUUUGAACUCUAGUAGCUGGAGAGUUUCCUUGGCUAGACCAUCUUAUAUAAAUAGCAUCAUCAUCCACACCGACAAUGAGAAUACGAGAGAGUCGCUUGACCUUGGCACUAAGCUUGCAGAGAAUUCCGGUUGGGUUUGGGGAUUUCUGAAUAGUGUAUAUUUCAACUAUUACGGCCGAGUGUGGGCUAUACCUAGCAUUGAUAAUGAAGCAGAAGUGUCGGAAUUGGAAAUCCGUGUUCGCAGUAACAAAACCAUUCUGUUUUGUGAAGUGGAGGUUAUCGGAGUGUGUGUUGCUGACAAUGGUCAGACAUUUGCCAUUAAACUUGCCUAUUUGUCUACCACAACAGACAUCCUAUGUGCCCCCUUUCAUUUUGGCCUGGAGUGUGAGCACGUCUGUUCUUGCCCGUUUCAGAAAAAAGACUGUGAUGGUCUUCAGGAAUGUUAUGUGCCCCAUAGACACGAAUGGAAUUGUAGAUAUGUCUGCAUCAAUCCCUAUUUCGACCAAGGAUGUGCCUCUAUGCACCAGCGUACGUGUCGACCGGAGUUCUGUCACAAUGUCGAGAGCUCAUGCUUGGAGUGCAUGCCACCAUAUAGGGUGUGCGAAAACGAUGCUCAGCAUAAAUACACGGACAUUGCCAACCCGCUUAUUAGAGACUGCGAACAUGGAACCUACGGCCAGGGUUGUGGCUUAAACUGUAGCGUCAAAUGUGAGAAUCAGACCUGUGACAGCAUCACAGGCCGGUGUUUGAGUUGUCCCCCUGGAUGGCGGGGAGACUACUGUGAACAGGAUUGUGAUAAACACUACUACGGAAAAAACUGUACGGAAACUUGCAGCGAAAACUGCGUCGACCAGCUGUGUAACAUAACAGAUGGCGUCUGUCUAAGCUGUCCUGUUGGGCGUCUGGGCGACUUCUGCGAUGAAGAUUGUGAUAAACACUACUACGGAAAAAACUGUACGGAAACUUGCAGCGAAAACUGCGUCGACCAGCUGUGUAACAUAACAGAUGGCGUCUGUCUAAGCUGUCCUGUUGGGCGUCUGGGCGACUUCUGCGAUGAAGCAUGUAGCGACACAACGUUCGGGCCCAACUGCAAACAACAAUGUGACCCUGAUUGUGUGUACGCAGCCAUUGAGAACAAACGCCUGUGUGACGUCAUCACCGGAGAUUGUGUUUUAAAAAGCAAAUUUCCAGCUGACCCAAAUGUUCCUAAAGAUGUGGCCGAGACGGGCUUGCCAAGAGAAAAAUUGAACAGUCAGGACAAGGACUCGAUCGAAAAAGGAAAACAGUUAAGACGGAGGCUGUCGAAGUCUAUACCGACUGUGUAUGUUGGUAAAAAAACAUCAGAGAAAAAGGACACAGAUGGUACCUAUGACCAUGCAUGCAUCAACGUCACACCGUGGCCUGAGAAAAGUCCUGUCAAUUUGCUCAGCCCCUCAUUCCUGGCGUUGGCUAAAGAAGAAAUAAUAUUAUCACAAGCUCCGGUUGCUGCGACUGAGGUUCUCUUUCUCAAUCUGCUGUGGGACAAACAAGUUGCAAAAGUCGCCAUGGUCAACACAGGCAAAAACGAUAAUGAAGACAGCUACUGGUCAAUGAAAGAUCAAAACAUUAAUUGCUAUAGAGUGAAGACGGUGAAAACAGAAGUUUUUCUAGAUUAUACUAUUCGGACUUUGGAAAUUACAAAAGACGACAACCCGCCACGUCAGUUGACCCACUUCCAGUACACGGCCUGGCCAGAAGACGGGUCUGACCCGUGUAUGUGGAGUUUGGUUGACUUUGAACAUAAGGUCUUCUUCAACACUCUGGAAACUGUCACACUGGUGCAUUCUGGGACGGAUACAACGAGAAGCUCCGUGUUUAUAGCUCUACACGAUUUGAUCCGUCAAGCCAAGCUGAACCAAGCCGUGGACUUUGUCGACACGGUGUCUAGACUCCGACAAGACAUGCCCAACACGGUUCAAACAUUUGAGCAGUACAUGUUCCUGCACCACGCCGCGCAGGCUGGCAUCGCCUGUAUAGGCAGCUACACACACAUCAGCGCCAUCUUCCUCAAAGUACAUCUCAUGGGGAACGUUGUCAACGGGAAAAAUAAUUUUGAAAAUGAAUUCAAUAAUCUGUUUAGUUUUGAGACACAACUUACUGGUGGUGUAGGGGACGUUACCCAAGAUCCAAAAGACAAAAAGUAUCAACCUCUUUUACAAGUGGAUUCCCCCGGAGAAGAGGGCUAUAUCAAUGCUGUCACAUUACCUAGCCUGUACACCCAGACCAAACAGUUUCUGACCCAGCUGCCCAUGCCCACUACGGUCAAUGAUUUCUGGAGACUGGUCACACAGUAUAACGUCUCCUUGAUUGUUGCUUUUAAAUCCUAUGAAAAUGACAAGUCCUUAGCUAUCUACUUACCUGAAGAACAAGGCCAGCCGUUACAAUGUGGGAACAUAGCUGUCAAUGUCGAGUCAGUAACAACAGCACCAACAUGGACAGAAAUGAAGCUUACCGUUAAGGGGAAACAAACGCAAGAAGUGACUCAUCUCACGUUUACAGAGCGUCAUAUCGAACCCAAAAAGUUCCUGCCGUUUGUUCAAUACGCGCGAUCGUUGAGAACUCCGGAUAAGUCAGUAGUUUACACGUGCAGAACUUAA